CAAGACCACCCUACUCGCCUGAGGGGGAGGAGUUGAGGGCAUUGUUGGGUCAGGGGGCGCGCGCUAAUCGUGGGGAUGGCAUGUUGUGGGCCCGUCACAACCCUCCGGUAGCCUCCUCCUGCAGCUCAGUGUCACCUCAAGCACCAAAGGGCGCGGCUGCCUCUCUUUCCGCCGCCGCGUUGCUGCCGCCGCCGCCGCCGCCUCUUCUUCACCCACCCACCCAGCCGUCUCAGUAGUGGUAGCGUCCGACUCCAGCUGACCGGCCUGGAAUCCCGGCAUCGAGCCCCGGCCUGGAUCCUCUGCCUUGAGCUGCCCCUUCCCCUGCCCUGACCCUGAGCACUGGUGCCGCCGCCGCCGCCGCCGCCAUGGGAGACGCCGGCAGCGAGCGCAGCAAAGCCCCCAGCUUGCCGCCCCGCUGCCCCUGCGGGUUCUGGGGGUCCAGCAAGACAAUGAAUCUGUGUUCCAAAUGCUUUGCUGAAAAAAGAAAUCCACACAACGAAAAAGAUUUUCAAAAGAAGCAACCAGAUGAUGAGUCCACUCCCAGCACAAGCAACAGCCAAUCGGAUUUGUUCUCUGGAGAAACAAAUAGCGACAACAGUAAUACCUCUCUAUUGACACAGACUGUUAACUCCAACCAGCAACUUUCGACAGAACUGAAUGUAACUUCAUUGAGCAAAGAGGAAUGUGGGCCAUGCACAGAUACAGCUCAUGUUUCUUUAACCACAGCAACCAAAAGAUCUUGUGAUUCAGAUUCACAGGUGGAAAGCGAGGCUUCUCCUGAGAAGCGGCCACGGUUAUUGGAGGAUGGUCAUGACAGACCUGAGGAAAUCAGCCGUUCCAAACAGAAGAGCAGACGCAGGUGUUUCCAGUGCCAAACGAAAUUGGAGCUGGUACAGCAAGAACUGGGAUCAUGUCGCUGUGGUUAUGUGUUCUGUAUGUUGCAUCGCCUGCCUGAACAGCACGAUUGCACGUUUGACCACAUGGGACGCGGGCGUGAAGAAGCCAUUAUGAAAAUGGUGAAACUGGACCGGAAAGUUGGUCGAUCGUGCCAGCGCAUUGGCGAGGGCUGCUCCUGAGUGGCAAGACUCUUCAACCAAAUGCUGUUCUCUUAGUUCACUAAUGUUAGCCUUAUUUAGGACAAAGUCAGCCAGACACCUUGUACUGGGCAAGUUUCAGACUACAGCCAAUCAAUUUCCUUUCUUUAGGCAACCAUCCUGGUACUGUAGUUUAGGAGUUAAAUGGUGAUCAACAGUGAUUACUGGCUGGUUGUUAAGGUGCCUGCUAGCCACUGUAUUAAAAAAAUGAAGACAUAUUUUUUGAGCAUGGCUAGUGGAUUUUAACAAAAAUAUAAAGGCUUCUUAUUGCAGGAGUCAAGUUCUUACAAACAAACAAAAAGCCUUAUGUUGGGAAGUGUCCAGCAGCUGAGUAGAAACUGAUGUAAAAGACUGCUUAUAUGCAUACCACGCUGGAAGAAACGACCCUUAUUAGCCUGGCUUUCCUGACCUUACUUUUAGCUAACCUUGAAGAGGUGAAGCUCUGCCUAAAACAAGCAGUGUGGUUGCUAAACCUAGAAGACCUAAACCCUUACUUUUGACAUUUCCACGCCUGUCUUCUGAGGUCGUACAGCACCACCAACAUCAGGAAAUCUCUUAGGCUAGGAACAGCUUUCUGGGAAGCCGAAAAGAAGGGGACAGAUUCUUAUGACAACUUUUAUACCAGAUUAAAAUAUCAGAUUACAGGGAAAUUAUUUCUUUACCAAGGUGAAGGAGGAAAUAUCUUACUUUAAAGUUAGCACUAUUCUGGAACAAGCAGUAGACAGCGUGCAUUUUCUACACAGCAUCAACAACAUUUCUUAAGUGGUGUGAUCCAAUUCCAUAUGCCAACCAUAGUUGCUGUUUCCCAUCAGCCAAAAUCUGAUUGGCUCUUGUUUGCCUUUUGCUAAGUGCAGGUAUCUGAUAAUUGAACAAAUAAGGCUAAUUCACAGCACAGUAGCCAUGCCUGGAUUCUACAGACUGACUUUCUGUAGCUAGACAUAUAUUGAGGGGUAAAGGACAUUUUGUAGCAAAUGGAAUUCAGUAACAGUAUUGGGGGAACAACCAGGAAAAUCACCCUUUAUUGAACUGAGUUUGUACGCCUCACUUCCAGUGUAUUAAGGAGAUAAUCAAACGGGCUGUCCCAGCCUUGUGACUAUGCAGCUUGGUACUCUCAGUGAAGGUCUCCGCUCAUCAUCAGUUGCAAAGCAAGUGACUGUAAAAUGCCUUGCAUAGAAUGGGGACUCUCCAGAUCUGGUCUUUUAGAGCUACUGUUCUGUAUCGGGGUAUGUCAAUUUCAUUGAACUGAACUGCACAUUUUUUUUGUUGUUGUUUGUUUGUUUUUAAUGUGCAGUGGUUUCCUCUAGCUACAGGCAAAUGUGUCUGUAAGGAAAAAAAAAUUCAUAUUUAUAAUGGCCUAACGUGGAAUGUUUACCCCACAAACCAGUUAGUGCUCAGCUAGCAAUUUGGAAUUAGGUCUAGUAGGAAGUAGGGAAGGGCUGCUGGAAGAAGGGGAACUGUAUUGUCUCUCACGUUCACAAAUAGAAUACAUUUAAGCCACCAAAAAGAGUGAAUUACCUCAUAUCACUCUAAAAAAAGGUUGUAGGGUAGAGCAGCUUAAAUAAGUCACUGGCUGCUCUGUAUGUUCUGAAGGUCAAUUACUAGUUUACAGGUCUAUUUGUAUUUAAUCUGGUAGCCAGUAUGGCCAGUGAAGGAGACUCAGCCUUUGCCUAUAUUACAGCAGUACAAAUUAGUAAUGAAGUCAAUCCACCAUUCUAAAGUUCAAUAUGGAAAAGCCAUUCUGUGUUGUACUCAAGGCUUUGAAAUCAGCAAUGGAAUUUCCAGCUGCAUAUUCUGUUUCCUAAGGAAGUAUUCUCCUUCCAUCGGUAUGUGGGAGAUACUAGACAAUUUUCUUUGUGUUUGCCAUGAAGAGUUUUAAACAAACAUGGACUUCAGCUGCUGCCACGCUAUGCACUUUCUUCCCUUCUAAAAUCCUAGCAUAGCAUUUGAUGGACAUUCUGAUUGAUAUACAAGACUUGCAGAUUAAUAACAAAGAUGCUGUUUUUCUCUUGUUAAUCUUUCUUUAGCCCUGAUACACGUGCACGGUUGAUUUCAAGGUAUCUCUUGAGCAAACACUACUCUAGUUCAUGUGGAUUAUGGACAAUGUUCACUUUAAAAAGUGUGGGGGUUGUUCCUUUGCAGUAUCUGUUCUGUGAGGUUUGUUAAACGUAAAGAAAGCUUAAGUUCUUGUAAUCUUAAAGAAAUCUUAUUUAACCCUUUUUUGUGUUCUAGAUUUACUUACACAUGUAGCUUAGAGCUCAGUUUUAGUUUAACAUUGUGAAAUAUUAAAAAUGAUUGUAAUUCUUUUUCCUCCUGCUUAAAAGAAACAAAACCAUUAAACAGAUCAGAUUAAAAUUUGAA